ACAACAAAGUUUCAUACUACUAUAUAAAGAGACUCAUAUCUUACCAAAUGUUGUACCAAUUAAUCUGUUUCUCCAGAUAUCAUCUCCAAAUCAAGCAUCUACCAAAAUUUUCUAAACCCUUUUUUCUUGCUGGGAAACAUGAAGAAUUUAAUCCCUCUAGCACUCACUUUUCUCAUACAAAUUUCCCUUCUUCCGGUAAGCCAAUGCAGGCCGGUUUACGUGCCAAAUGACGCCACUCUUAUUGACCAAACAUGCCAAAAAACACCGGAUCACAACCUUUGCGUCUCUUCUCUUCGAUCAGACCCUCGAAGCUCCAGUGCAGACGUCAAAGGCUUAGGCGUCAUAAUGGUUGAUGUAGUUAAGGGUAAGGCAACGGACACAUUGAACCAAAUUAAUGACCUUCUUAAGCAGAGGCCUGGUGACAAAUCAUUGAGCUCUUGUGCCGAAGUGUACAACACAGUUAUAACAGCUGAUGUGCCGGAAGCCAGUCAGGGUUUUAGUUUGGGUAACCCUAAGUUUGCGGAGCAAGGCAUGAAUGACGCUGCCGGCGAGGCUGUUUCAUGUGAAAACGGUUUUUCGGGGAGCUCUCCUCUGACGGAUAAAAACAAAGCUGUUCAUGAUGUUGCGGCUGUGGCUGCUGCAAUUGCCAAAACGUUAGAAUAGUUUGUUCCUUGAUUUUGUUUUGUGUUCAUCUAUGGUGCCUUGGUAAUUAACUCAAUAAAUCAUUACAGUAUCUAAAACCUUUUGUGUGAUCUAGCUAGCUCAUCAUUAUCAUUAACUUUAUAUGAACAUGUUAAUAACUUACUACACUCGAAUCAUUACAUAUUAAUUUGAUAACAAAAAUUGCAUUCCUUGGACUUGCAAAUCAACGUUAUUGUUAGAAUGUGAGCAUCCAACUAAAAUUCAAGUGGCAACGAGUUGAAUGCCCCAACAUAGUUGAGGCUCUUAUGACUUAUGCUAGACUUCCAUCCUUCGAUGUGGGAUGCUCUCAACGCCAUUAACUUGGUUUUGUUGUGCCUGACACAUGAAAAAUACAUUAGUUACAACUUAGAACAUGCUUUUGAACUGGAGAAAUAUAUGAUACUGAUGAAUAGAGUUUAUUAAAGAACGGAUUAUGUUGCAUUACUUGAAUUAGUCCAACUACAUAUGGAACAGACACCAGUUGAUUAUCAAAGAAAUUUG